ACUGGUCAGUGCACUUUUCUCCUGCUCAAGUCUCUCGCUGUGAUUCCUUGGAAGUUGAAAAGAGAAGAACCGAACUCUCGCCCAACUGUUGCCUGUUGGAUCUCUGAUCAGAUCAGUCUUCUCCUCGAUAUGCUCAAUAAAGCUUUAUGCAGCUGAAUUCAAGGCCAAGCGACUGUAUAAUCUCGCUAUUUUUCUCUCUCGAGGAUGCGGUGAUAAUGGCAUUUUGAGGUAGCGGAGGGGAGCUUAGUUUGAGCGUAAUGGCAGCGAAGCUCUCGACGUGGUUUUUGAGCUCCGGUUUUGGUUCUUUGAGCGGGAAACUAUCGGAUAAUCCACAGUUUCCUUAUUCUUCUCACUAUUUGCUUAAUGCUUCCUGUAAAAUGCGACCGCGCCGUCUCAGUUCUCGGCACAAGAGGAAACAAUGGAAGAAAGCCUCCUAUGAACAUCCGUCAGUGCAUGCUGAUAGUGAUUUCCAUCCAAAUGAUGGUGAAGACUCAGGAACUGAAAUUGUGGCGGAGAGAGUCCCAAUUUUGAAUCAGGAGAGCUUGUCUAGUGCUGUUGUCAACAAUAGCUCAGCUGUGCAGUAUAUCCCUGAGAAAGAAAUAAGUGGUAAAACUGCACCUGGUGAAAUUAAACAUUCGACCGGGAAAGUUGACACUGAAGAGAAGAAUGCAGGUGUUCAACUUGAAGAUUUGAUUGGGAUGAUAAAAAAUGCAGAGAAAAAUAUCCUUCUACUCAACCAAGCUCGGGUUCACACCCUCAAGGAUCUUGAGAAAAUCCUUGCCGAGAAAGAGGAAUUGCAGAAAGAGAUCAAUGGCUUGGAAAUAAGAUUAGCAGAAACUGAUGCUCAAAUUAAAGUUGCUGCCCAAGAGAAGGUGCACGUGGAACUGUUGGAAGACCAAUUGGAAAAGUUGCAGAAGCAGCUAAAUUUUAGUGGUGGUACUGAACAAAGCGACCUUGGUAUGCAUAGAAAUCAGAACAGUGUUCCUAUUGAUUCCCUUACUGAGGAGCUUCAUUUACUGAGGUCAGAAAAUAUUAUCCUGAAGAAUGAUAUAGAAACACUCAGGGAAGAGUUGAAUAAUGUUAAGAAUACUAAUCAACGUCUGGUGUUUUUGGAAAAAGAACGAUCAGUUUUGGAGUCUUCGCUGAAAGACUUGGAGUUUAAGCUGUUGACCUCUCAGGAAGAUGUUUCAGAACUGUCUGCUCUGAAAGUUGAAUGUAAGGACCUACGGAAGAGGGUCGAAGACUUGCAAGUUUUGCUAGGCAAGACAACCAAGAAGGAAGAUCAAGCUAUUCUGGUCUUGCAGCAGAACCAAGAGCUGCAAGCAAAGGUCGAGAAAUUGGAGGAGUCCCUUGAAGAAGCUAAUGUCUUUAAAUUAUCUUCUGAAAAGUUUCAGCAAGAAAACAAACUAAUGCAACAAAGAAUAGAUGUAUUGGAGGAUCGUCUUCAAAGGUCGGAUGGGGAAAUACAGUCUUAUAUCAAAUUAUAUCAGGAAUCUGUGAAGGAGUUUCAAGAUACGCUGGAUACCAUCAAAGAAGCAAGCAAGAAAAGAGCUGUAGAUGAACCUAUAAAUGAUAUGCCUAUGGAGUUUUGGAGCCGAAUAUUGCUAUUGAUAGAUGGUUGGUUGCUUGAGAAAAAAAUAUCAGGUGAUGAUGCUAAACUGUUGAAAGAGAUGGCAUGGAAGAGGGAUGCACGCAUUUAUGAAGCUUAUAUGGCUUGCAAGGAAAAGAAUGAACUGGAGGCUGUCGCUAUGUUUCUUAAUCUGACAUCAUCUCCAAAACGUUCAGGACUCUAUGUCAUCCACAUUGCAGCAGAAAUGGCACCAGUGGCUAAGGUUGGUGGUUUGGGUGAUGUUAUCACUGGUCUCAGCAAAGCGCUGCAAAGUAGAGGGCAUCUUGUGGAAAUUGUUCUUCCUAAAUAUGAUUGCAUGCAGUAUAAUCGUAUUAGAGAUUUAAGGCUUCUGGAUGUGAUACUUGAGUCAUACUUCGAUGGGCGGCUGUUCAAAAAUAAGAUAUGGGUUGGCACUGUUGAAGGUCUUCCUGUUUACUUUAUUGAGCCUCUUCAUCCUGAUAAGUUCUUCUGGAGGGCUCAAUAUUAUGGAGAGCAUGAUGACUUCAAACGUUUUUCAUAUUUCAGCCGUGCUGCACUAGAGUUACUUCUUCGGGCUGGCAAGAGACCUGAUAUAAUUCAUUGCCACGAUUGGCAAACAGCAUUCAUUGCACCAUUAUAUUGGGACUUGUAUUAUCCCAAAGGAUUGAAUUCUGCAAGAAUAUGUUUUACUUGCCACAAUUUUGAGUACCAGGGCACUGCCCCUGCUUCAGAUUUGGCUUCUUGCGGUCUUGAUGUUGACCAGCUAAACAGACAAGACAGGUUACAGGAUAAUUCUGCUCAUGAUAGGAUCAAUCCUGUUAAGGGUGCAGUUGUAUUCUCUAAUAUUGUCACAACAGUAUCGCCUACCUAUGCUCAAGAGGUGCGGACAGCUGAGGGAGGACAUGGUCUCCACUCAACACUUAACUUUCAUUCGAAAAAGUUCGUUGGCGUUCUCAAUGGAAUUGAUACUGAUGUGUGGAAUCCUACCACCAAUUCAUUUCUCAAAGUCCAAUAUAGUGCAAAUGAUCUCAAGGGGAAGGCAGAAAAUAAAGACGCUUUAAGAAAGCAUCUAGGGCUGGCUUCUAAUGUCAGAAAACCUCUGGUGGGCUGCAUAACAAGAUUGGUACCCCAGAAGGGUAUACAUCUUAUCAGGUACGCGAUAUACAGAACGUUGGAGCUGGGAGGACAGUUUGUUCUUCUGGGUUCAAGCCCAGUUCCUCAUAUACAGAGGGAAUUUGAGGGUAUUGCAAACCAUUUCGAGAGUCAUGAUCAAAUUCGGUUGGUGUUAGCAUAUGAUGAGUCUCUUUCUCAUUGGAUCUAUGCUGGAUCUGAUAUGCUGAUAAUACCAUCUAUCUUCGAGCCAUGUGGCCUCACUCAGAUGAUUGCUAUGCGAUAUGGUUCUAUUCCUAUUGCAAGGAAAACUGGCGGGCUAAAUGACAGUGUCUUUGAUGUUGACGAUGAUACAAUUCCUCCCCAGUUUCGAAAUGGAUUCACAUUUUUAACUCCCGACGAGCAGGGGUUGAAUAAUGCACUGGAACGCGCCUUUAGCCACUACUUGAAUAACCCAGGCGGGUGGCAGCAGCUGGUUGAGAAGGUCAUGAACAUAGAUUUCAGUUGGGAAACUUCAGCUGCGCAGUAUGAGGAGCUUUAUUCAAGGUCUGUGGCUCGAGCAAGAGCGGUUGCCACAAGUCGUGCUUGAGGAGAAUGCGAGUUCCUUCUUCCUGGGCAAUCUGUUAUUCAUACUCUCAAAAAGUUUCAUGGAGAGAGACUGUCUGAGAAAUUUUGGUGCAUGAUCGACUUGAUUGUUACCAGACACUGAAUUUGAGACCAAUUUGGUGGCUUAUCCAUCCUAAGCUAGCAUGAAACCGAUUAAUUGGUCAUCAAAAUAGCAUAAUAUUCCUUGACAAUGGACGUGACACUUAGCCCCAUACAGCACUAGUUUUUACUAACAAUAUUUACUUAUCAAACGAAGACUGCCUCGAAAAAGGAAAGGGGAGAUCUGCCCUUUGGGGUUUUUUCUUCUUUUUCUGUAGAUUAUUUUUUUGUAUAUUGUAUUAAUAAUCUUUACCUCGAAUAUCAGAAUAGAA